AUGCUCGCUUGCCGGAAUACCCUCAAGACAAGGGCUGCCACUGGGCAGCUGUGCAAGGCCCUCGGUGUACGACUCGUCACAAACCCUCAAGUAGUGCAACUGGCCAAGAACGCAGGCUUCGAUAGUCUUUUCAUCGAUCUGGAACAUUCGACACUUUCUCUCGACGACGCUGGCAAGCUUUGUGGUGCUGGACUUGCUCUCGGUAUAACGCCAUUUGUACGAGUGCCACAUCAGUGCGGCAACGGAUUCAUCCAGAAAGUCCUCGACGCAGGUGCCAUGGGAAUAAUCUUUCCUCAUGUACAAAACUCGGAUGAAGCAAAGGCAGCCGUGGCCAUCUCGAAAUAUCCUCCUCAAGGCUGUCGCUCAAUCACCGGCCAACUACCCGCACUAUCCCUCAAGUCCUACCCUCAAGCCGAUGUGAUCCGAGAGACCAACGAGCACGCGUCAACAGUGUUCGUCAUGAUAGAGAACGAGGGGGCCGUCCAAAGAGUAGAGGAGAUCGCCGCCGUGGAUGGAGUCGACGUUGUGCUAAUUGGGUCCAAUGACUUGGCUAUCGAGCUUGGUGCCCCUGCCGAUUUUCGCAGCGACAGAUUUCGCCAGGCUUUGAUGCGGGUGAGCAAAGCAUGCAGGAAGUAUGGAAAGGUUAUGGGUCUUGCGGGUAUCUAUGGUACGCCUGAUAUUCACGACUGGGCUAUUCAUACAUUGGGUGUGCGGUUCAUGCUGUGCCAGCAAGAUUCAGGGUUGAUCGCGGGCGCUGCAGCGAAAUGCUUGGCUGCUGUAGAAAUGGUUGAGAAUGCGCCUUCAUCAAAGUCGACGAAUGGGUCAACUUAG